CGCGGCUUGUGGACUCCGUGUCCCAUGGAGCGCUGCGGGGGGCCCGGCGCCCGGCCCGCGGCCCCGGCAGCUGGCGGCAGGGCGGCUAGUUCAAGUUGCCAUAGCGGCGAGGUUGCUCCUGAGAACAAAGAGGAAUGCUUAACCAUAAAUAGCUUCAAGAUACUGAUGGCAGAUUCAUCCAGUGAUUCAGACAACUUAUUUACGGGUCGGAUUGGAAGGCGGCCCUUGAGAGCAUCCCACAGCAGAGCUCAGAACUAUGGUGCUGAAGAAGUUACAGAGAAGAUCCAUACUUUAGCAAGCACUUUGCAGGAUACCAACAGAAAUCUAAGACACGUUGACCAUUUGCUAGGACAAUACAGAGAAUACAACAAGGAACAAACCAAAGCAAUAACAACUUUAAAAGAAACACUGGAGCAAUCUAUAGGUCAAUUGAGGAGCCAGCGACUAACACGAAACUCUGGAAUGAGAAGUGCGUCUCUCUCAAGCUUAUAUCCCAGUGACCUGGAUGGAGAAGGAACAUCUGGCAACCGCCACUUCCUGCCCACUUCUCCUCUCAGGGAUUAUGGAGACUCCCAGGGCAAUAAACACCGAAGGUCUAGAUCUGCAAGUGUUCGGUUUGUCAGUGAGACAGAAAAUGUGGAGCAGCUGCAUUCUUUCCACCAGUCUCUUCGAGAUCUCAGCAGUGAACAAGUGCGCCUGGGAGAUGACAUCAGUCGCGAGCUUUCAAGAAGAAAUCGGACUGAUGCUGAAUUAAGAAAGACUCUAGAAGAAUUGUCUGAAAAGCUCACUGAGUCCCAAAGACAAGAAACGGUAUCAGAACGGGUAGAGAGAAGACUUCAGGAGAUAGAAGAAGAAAUGCGUGCUGAAAGACAGCUCGUAGAAAGGCGCCAGGACCAGCUGGGCCACAUGUCUCUUCAAUUACAAGAGGUUUUAAGGAAGCAAGAUGUUAAAGCAGAUGAAACAGAACUCAUGAGAAACAAACUUGUGAAAUAUGAAAGCGAAAAGCACCAGCUUGAGCAGGAAUUGGAGCAGUCCCAGAAAAAGUUGAGUGAAUCUGAAGGCAGUAGAGAAGCUCUUUUGCAUCAGAUUGAGGAUCUUCGUUCUCAGCUUUUGAGAGCAGAAGAAGACCGUGUAGAAUUGCAACAUCAAAUCUCAUAUGCUGCUAUGCGUCGCCAGAGCUAUCAGGAUGUACAAGAUGAUGACAGGAGAAUUAGAGCAGUAGCUGAAAGAUAUGAGAGAGAGAAGCAAGAUCUAGAGAAAUAUAUUUUGGAACUUAAAGCAAAGCUGAAUCACAGUGCUGUAAUGUCAGAAGUAGAAGAACUGAAGAGAUCUAUAGAGCGUAAGGACAAAGAGAAAGCACAGCUUGUAAUGCACAUACAGGUGUUAACAUCUGACCUGGAAAACAGGGAGAAGCAGCAGGAGAAAAUGCUGGACCAGCUAAAGGAGAUAGAGAAUUGCUACAAGGCUUGUGAGAAUGGACGCAGACAAACUGAACUCCAGUCUGCUGAGUUAGCUCAACAGGUUGAAGAGAGUACCAAGGAAGCAGAACGGUAUCUCACUGAAUUCAAGCACUCAGAGGCACUCAGGCUGGAGAUUGAGAAAAAAAGAGAAGAUUUGAAGGUGAGAGCCCAGGAAACCAUCCGCCAAUGGAAACUGAAGUGUAAGAAGUUGGAUCGUGAAAUAGAAAAGCAAAAUCAAACUGUCAGUGAACUGAUGGACAAGAAUAGUCAGGCCCUUAAAGAAAAAGAUGAUCUUAAAAGUCAGCUUCUCUCAGCUAUAAACCAGAUAGAAAACCUACGGAAAGAGCUGAAUGAUGUGCUUACAAAGAGAGCUCAGCAGGAAGAACUUCUCCACUGUAAAGAGGUAAAACUGAAUGAAAUGGAGUCACACCAGGUAUCUCUUGAAGAAGAGAUCAAAGAAGUUCAAGGUACUGUAAAAAAAUUGGAGAAUGAGUUGAAAAAUCAAGUCUUCCUACAAAAUCAAAUGCAAGCUGAGAAGGAACACUUGAAGACAGAACUUGCAAGUAUUAACUUGUUUCAUAAAAAAGACCAAGAACGACUCCUGGAAAUGCAAGCAGAUGUAAAACAUUUAAGCACUGUACGUGUGGAACUAACAAACAGAAUUGCAGAAGAGGAGAAAGCCAAAAAGGAAUUACUCAAGAGCCUCUCAGACCUCCAGAAACAGCAGGAGUCUAGUCAUGAAGAGAUGAUUUCAGCUAACAGGCAGCUGAAGAUGGAAAGAGAAAUUCACCAACAGGAGUUGGCAGAUCUUAGAUCAGAAUUACAAAAUGUGAAAAUCAAACAUGAACAAAAUGUUCAAGAACUCACGAAACUCCUUAAACAAGAAAAAGAUGAUGCAGAGGCUCAAAUUAGAAUGCUAAAGAUGGAACUUUUAGAAGAGAAAAACAUAGUCAAGGCUCAGUGUCGACAACUGGAAAAAAUAAAAGUUGAGUGUGAUAAAUUGACAGAAGAAUUAACACAGAAUGAAGAAGAAAAUAUAAAACUAAAACGGAAAUGUGAGUUUGUAAAACAAGAACUGGAGAAAAAGGAAAAACAGAUCAGCAAUGAAGAAGAUCAUUUGAAAAAGAUGAGUGAGGCCAGACUGCAGUUUAAAGAUCAACUGCGUCAAUUAGAAAUGGAACAGCAAUCCAUUCUCUCCAUGAUAGGAAGUGAAAUUGAUGCUGCUUGUGAAAUCUUUUCUCGGGACUCCAUGGAGAAAUUAAAAGCAAUAUCCCUUACACCAACAGUACUGAACGAUCCUCAUCGCUGGUUAGCAGAAGCAAAGACUAAGCUUCAGUGGCUGUGUGAGGAGGUAAAGGAAAGAGAAAGUAAGGAAAAAAAGCUGCGAUGCUACUUGCUGCAAAGCCGAGAACAGCUCAAGUACUUGACACAGAUAAAGGAGACUGAACAUCAGUCUCUCUUUAAACAGAUAAAAAGCCAAGAAAAGCUUUUGGAAGAAGUUCACAGAGAAAAAAGAGAGCUACUAGAGAAGACACACAGAAGAGAAGAAGAAAUGGGAGCUCUCCAGGAACGUAUUAUGGCCUUAGAAAUGAGUACCCGAGUAGCUUUAAACCACCUGGAGUCUGUGCCUGAGAAACUGAGCCUGUUAGAAGAUUGCAGAGAUACUGGAGAGUCACAUUGCCGAAAGGAGAUGAUUGAGGAGAGGUAUAUGAGAUAUAAAGACAUAGUGACUUCUUUGCAGCAGCAGCUGGAAGAGUCAAAGCAAAGAGUCAGGCAAGUCAAGGAUGUGAAAAUGGAUGCUGAAAUUUCUGAUGUAGAAGUGGCUGCUCACUCUUCUAGUUGGCGAACUCAAAACAGCUUUUUGUGCAGCUCACCGCUUUCAAGUUCAGGUUCACUUAGGAAAGGAAUGGUUCCUUUGGAUACAAGUGGCACCAAGGAAGAUUCUACUAAUGUUGCUGUUAGUGAAAUGAAGCUGCAAGCAGACGGAGGAAAACAGUAGAAUAUUGUAUGAAACCACACCAGUUUUCUCUGUGGUAAAUUCCAUUCCACUUUUUUUUUUUGGUUUUGAACAGCAGUAGUUCCAUCUGCUGCAGGAGUGGUGCGCCCUUAAUGAUUCAACAAUUGCCAAACACUCAAAUGAAAGAGCACCAAGAGUGAUUCUGAUGAACUCUUUUGAUAAUUUAGGUGACUUGCACACCAAAGGCUUUCUGAGAUUUUGCUAUUCUCUUGUAAUUUGUUUUUACAGUCCUCUUAGACUAAAUUUAUUGUAUUCCUGAAAUACUGUGAAUACCUGUGACAUUAAUCUUUGCUAUGAGCUUAUUUACCCCUAUACAGGAAUUGUUCUGACACUUGUUUUUUAAUUAUGUUUAGUAACAUUAUUAAUAAUGAAAAAAUAAUAAUGGAAUUUUUUUUCAUUAUUAAUAAUGAAAAAUUCAGAAAUUGCCUAUUACUAUGAGAGAGAGUAAUUAUACAGUGUUGUACAGGCACAUUUGUGAUUUUAGGUCCCUCCGUUUGAAAAAAAUCAUUUAAGAAAGAAGUAAUAAAACAAAAUUUUCUCAAAGCAAGUAAAAAUUGGCUUGAGGCUCAGCAUAUAUAUGUUAUAAGUUGCUAGAAUUAUUCUUCUGGCCAGAACAGUUUUAUAAGAUGGCCUCAAUCAAGUACUUUUAAGAAUUUGAAUCUCUCCCAUCUGUAUCAAGAGUGUUGAAAGGCACUUCUGUGUGGCUGUGAAAAUUUUAAAAGCAAUGUUUAAUGUUCAUUUAUUUAUUCUGUUUUGUUCUCUAUUAGAGAAGAUGUUUUAUAUUGAUUGUAAAAUACUAUGGAAAUACAAUAUUGCACAUUUGUAUUUGUUCAGAUAUCACUAUUCUAAAGAAAUUGGACACAAUUUUGCAUUACAGGGGUCUCAAAGAGCAAAUCAAAGAAGAAUUUUCUAGGAAUUCUGCUGUCUAAAGAAAUGCAAGUGUUUCUGAUGGUUCUUGUUUUAUUCUCCUCUCAGCUACUUCUGGCUUGAUCAGUGCUACUGUGCCUUAAAAGAUUUGCCAAAGCUAUCAGAGUACUGUAGCAACAUUAACACCAUUCAAACAAUUUUGUUUUGCAGGCUUCUGUCAUAUUUAGGAAGCCUAUUUCUUCUCUGAAACACUGUUAUUUUUUCGCACUGUAGGUGUCUCAGGUAUAAUUCACAGGCCAUGAUGUGCCAUCUCAAAAGAGGACUUCUUUUUUUUUUUUUUUUUUUUUUCCAAUACUCUGAUGAAGUGUUCUGUAGUCCCAAUGGGUGCUCUGGACAGUGCACUUCCUUGACAAUCACCUUGUCUUCAACCUGUUUCAAACAGAACAAUAUACUGAGAACAUCAGAAUCAGACACAGAAAUGAGACAAAGAUUGAGUUUAUUCUCUGUUCAUAUUCCAUGAACUUAAAUUGCUUAAAAUGUUAAAAAAAUCUGACAUGGUUAAAAAGUUUUCUUUGCCUUUUGUUGUGCAUUAUGCUGUGCAUAGUAGCACUGGCAUUGGCUUUUUGCAAAUUUCUGGCACAUCUCCUCAUUCAGAGGGUCAAGAAAACAAAACAGGCACAUCCAUCUGUUCUGAUCUCAAUGGCAAUGACAGGAACUACAAAAAAAAUCAACAAAUAAACUGCUCUCUACAAAGAGUGUGGAUGUCAUGAAACAGUGUUAGAUCGAGCCACAGCUACUAUAAACUAAACUUACUUUAAGUGGAUCCAAGAUUUGUAAUUUAUUGUUUUUAUUAGAUCAGAGCAGAGGUGGAAAUAUGUCAUUUAAAAUAUUUUAACUGGUUUGGUCUGCUGAAACUUAAAAAAUUGCAAAACUAAAUGUCACCAGCUUGCAGACUUUAUGGUACAAAUUAAGGCUAAAACAUAGAAAGGUCACUUUAAAAUAUAUUAUUAAGCAGGAAAUCAUGUUCUUAAAACACCUUAUGUGGGAGUGAGGUCUGGUGCAUGGAUUGCUGAUGGAUAACUGUUUUACCAAAGUUUAAAUGUUUUUUGUGACAUGGAAGUAAAUAAAUGAGCCUUUGAGAGUCUUGGCUGAGAAGUAAUACCAGAAAUAUCAUGUCCUCUCUUUUUCCUAAGGAAUUUGUAAAAAUCAUACCAUUCUAUGUGUUUAUACAUUUUUUCCUGACUUGUAAUUUAGAAAUCUGAAGUAUGUAUUCUUAAAACAGGAUCACUACUGCUUUAUAUUGUUAGAAAGCUAAGUAUAAGCAGUCUGAUCUCCCUCACUAUUACAUCAAGUAUUCAAUCGACUUUUGUACUAUACAGGACAGAAGUUACUACUGGGUGAACAAUUUUGGCUUUAAAACUUUAAGUAUGUUCAGUGCUUAGUAUAUUUGCCUUUGCCCAUGUGACUGGAUUUUCAUCAGUUUUAUAUCCUUUUAUAAAAUUUUCUAAAAGGGGUGGAAGUACAGAAGAGAUGUCAAACCACACACACACACACAAAAAAAUCUUACUGAGUAGACUUAUGGACUCCAAAGCCAGGAAAUUCUUUCUUAAAUUUACCCUUUUGGCAUGGCAGUCUAGAUAGCGUGUAAUAUUUGUCUCACUUCCACCUUUGAUAGAGGUUCAUAUUACAAAGUGAAUUUUGUUUCCUCUUUACUGAAGGCUAAGGUUCCGUUCAUGACAUCAUAUGAAACUGUCCCUUUGUGGUUUAAGAAAUAAUAUUUUUUCCAUAUUGGUCUGAAAUAAUACUCUUCUGCACAGUUUCAGUUUUUAAAGUAGAAAAGCAGAUAAUUUUUAAAUAAAACCUUUUGUAUAUUUCACAUCUUAAAAAUUGCUGUUCCUUCUGGUAGCCAGAUUUUUUUAUAAUUUAACCCUUUAAUGACCUGUUACGCAGUUCUUAUCCAAAGCAGUGGUUUUCAAUAAUCAAAAAUGUGGUAUCGCACACACAAGAAAUGAUGCUUUAAAUCUUUUUUCUGUUUAGCAUUUGGUAAAUCAGGCAAUUUUUAAUGUAUGUACUAAGUACAUACAGAUUUUAUAAGCUAGUAUCAGGAUUUUUUUUUAAUCCUCUACUGAAAUACAGUGCUUCAGUAUUGUGCUUUUAAAAAUGCAUUGGCCCUCUAUUUUAGCAUCAAAUAGCUGUCACAUGAAUAAGCUAUAAAUUUUAUGCCCUUCAGUUCCUAAUGUUUUACAGCAGACUUGAGAGUAUUUAAUUACUUUCCAGAUUAUAUUUACUAAAUAGCCAAAUAAUUUAUUUUUAUUGCAUAAUUAUGUCAUCCUAAGAAGAAAUGUCAAAAAAAAAUUAAAAAUAAAGUUUUACAGUGCAAAACAAAGCAAUUUUCUUACAUUUGCUUCUCAAAUGUUUGAUGAAAACUGUCAUCAGUGAUGGUGAAUGUACUCCUUGGAUAUUCAAAGCUCAGCCACAUUUUUACUAACUAUUACAGCAAAGUAAAAAAAAUAUAUAUAUGAAAAACCCAUACAACAAAGAAACUACUAUUCUAAAAUCCAUUUCUGAGCUAAGGAAUCUACAUAUCAGUUAAUCUCUGGCUUGCAAGGCAUAGUCUCUGCACUGGGUAGUACUGAAUGGUUUUUCAUGAAUGAAAAUGCCAGUAUUACUCUGAAAGGAAAUCAGUAGGUAUUUUUGUUACACUCAUUAUAAUGUUUAUGGCUAAAAAUGAGAAGUCUGCAACCUGGAUGCAUUCUCAUAUCUAUAACAUGGAGAAAAAUUUUUUCAUAAAUUUUUGUGGCACUGCUUGUUACAGUUGAAUUUUACAGUAUCUGUGUUAAACUCCUUGUGUCUGCAGUGUGUUAGUAACGAAUUUAUCUCCCUCUAAGCCCUUGUCACCCCACAGAAGUAAUGGAUGCUGAAGUUAGUGUGAGCUGCAGGUCAAUAGCUGACAGCACAGCCUUGUCAAAAAUGGAUGUGCAGGAGGACAUCACACCAAGUCCUGUGAUUUUGAUGUAAUUGUAGAAUUUAGAAGCAGUUGUAGAGGAAAACUAACAGUAGAAGGGAUGAAAAGCAAUUCAUGAUUAAAUUAAAAUUUCAGCACAUUUUUAUUCUUGUUGCCUAGCUUAAAAACUGCCUUAUAGCUAAUAUUUACAUCUGAAUAAAAGUGAUCCCUAAAUCAAAUUCCUUAUUGGAUAAUUUUUUUUUCAUGCUUAAGUACUUUCUACUCUAGCACGUCUCAACUCUUUACUGUAAGCAUGUCUGGGCUGCUGUGAAUAUGAACUUAAUUGCUUUUCUAUGUAAAUAACUAAAUUAGAUUUUAAAUCUGAACAAUAUUUUAGUGCUCUGUACAAGAGUACAACAUGGCAGAAUCCAAGAACCAAGUCAUUCAAAAAUCUGCAAUGCUUCUGGGAAUGUUGACAGCAAAAAUGAAGGACAUUGCUGUGGUUAAAAUCCAGCAACAUCCAACUGUUAUCAUUUGUGCUAACAACAAUAGCUCUCCUGCUUCUAAAGCUGAAGUUGUACUUCUGUCAUUUUUCUGUCAGAAAUAAUGAGAUUUUUUUCUUUUCCCCUUAUAAUGACAAAAUCUGUAGUGUGAGAAUAUGCAGUGAUGAUAUUUUUAAAUUUCUAGUCUUUUUUUUUGGGAAUCUAUUGGGUGCUAUUUGGAACUAAAUAUUUUUGUAAUGUGGUUGUUAACAUGUUUUUGUUAAAUUAUUACAUUUAAAAACAUGAACUCCAAGGAGAUGUCUCUUUUAGGAUAAUUUUACUGUCUGUUUUUAGGGACAUGGCUCCUUGAUAGGUGUUUUGUGCGAGUAAGUACAACGGUUCUUGAGUACUCUGUUAUUUUCAUCUCUCUUCAGACCAGAAUUGUUUUGAUGUUAGACUGCUUUUCUCAUCUGCCAUCUACAGUGCACUAGUGUGUCAGAAGACAUACCAUCAUUUCCUCACCUACCCACUGUCAAUAAUUUUGGUAGUUUAUGUUCCCGUAGAAUUACAUUAGUGUUGAUGGCAGUUGUUUCUUCUAAGCUCUUUUCAUAUGAACUCUGAGCCUCUUAUUUGUUUCAUAAAAUAAAAGCUACAUAGUAAAUGGACUAACAUCAUGUCACAUACUGUCUAAUUUUAAAGAUUAUUCCACAGGCCAAAGUAAAUGUCUCUUACUACAUUUGUCUAAAUUUUUUCAUUUUGCCAGCAUUGAUUCUACCAUCAGUUUGUAGAAGAAAAUGGUAAAGGAUAGACUUUGCUGCAAUAACCCUGAAAUAUUAUUGAUUUGAGGCAAAACAUUAGACUAUAACAAAUUUAGGACAUCUGUCUAAGUGCUUAGUCUGGAACUUAAAAUACUCAUGUUAAAAAGUGUGUUUCUUCAGUGUGUUAAUAUCAAAUCAUCUUCCUUACAAACAGUUGCUGACACCGAAAAUAUUUUUGAAAAGUGAUACUGAAAUUUGCUAAAGAUGAUCAAAAGGAUUUCUGUGUCACUCACAAUUAAAUAAGCAUGGAACUGGGAAACAUCCCAAUUUAUGUUUCUGGCAUGAGGCUCUUCACAGAAACCACCAGGGAUACAGUAGUGUACUUAGUGUGGAAAAUGAUGAAGAUGAGCUGUGUUUUGCUGGUGGCCAAGGGAACAGUUUGCAUCUCUGGCUGUUUGGUGUAGGGAGCUCAACGUGUGCACCAUUUUUAUUGAGGCUUUCACUGCCGGGUGCAGCACUGACAGCACCCUUUCACUCAAACAGCUGCAACCAUGAAGACAUCAUGGAGCUGGCAGAACUUUUGUUACAUGUUUGGACUAACAGAAUGUCAACAAGUCCAUCAGAAACCUUGGAACUAUUUGUUUUGUCUUCACUGGAGCAGUCUCCAGUGCAGUCAUAAAGCUGGAAGAUGCAGAAACCUUUGUUCAGUGUGAGCUACAUCAGCAGGGAGGCUUGCUAGCCAUGGAAUGUGAAUCCAUUAGUAUGUUGUCCAUGGAUCAGUUAGAGGUCUAUAAAUUAACAAAAAAAACUAAUCUAAAAAGUUUUUAAAAGUGAGACAAAUUAUUCGUAUAUAAUAGUAAAAAAACUCAGCAAAUGUGAAAAAAAUGAAGUAUCAAAGUCAAGAAACACUUCAUUUUUUCCAGAAUAUGAAUAAUUGUUUAAAUUUCAGUAGAGUGACAGACUAAAAUGAAGCUCCUGAAUAUGUUAAUCAACAGACAUCAACCCACUUCAUAUCAUCUUUUAAUGUGUGAGACUUGCUCAUUUUGAUUUAGACUAAACUAUAUUCCAUACUUAGGUUAAAUCUGUUAUGUAUGCUGUGCACUGGGUAGCAAAGUUGAAAUAAUUCCACUGGAGGCAGCUGAUGUGCUUCAGAAGGAAUACUGGCUCUUGCAGUGUACUUUAACAAAUAGCUCAAUUGCUCA